AUGGUCACCAAAGCCGUGCAUAUUGAAGUCGUGGACGAUCUAUCCGCACCAGCUUUCCUUGACGCCUUCACCCGUUUCGUCAGCCGCCGAGGUCCUUGCAGCGACCUAUACAGUGAUAAUGGCACUGCCUUUGUUGGUGCUAACAGACUAUUACGUGAAGACCUCGCCGUAUGGCAUAGUGAAAACAACCAGCGAUUGUUAGCGGGAUCGGGUACCAAUUGGCACUUCAUUACACCUAGUGCCCCGCAUCAAGGUGGGCUGUGGGAGGCGGCCGUUAAGUCGGCAAAGCAUCACUUGGUCCGCUGUGUGGGCUCGCAAAUCAUGUGGCAUAGUCAAUUUCAGACCUUGGAUACCCGGAUCGAAGCAUGCCUGAAUUCACGUCCAAUUACGCCACUGUACGACGACCCGGAAGAUAAAUUCGCGCUGUCACCCGGUGAUUUCCUGAUUGGGGCUCCGCUGAUAGCGGUCCCUGAGCCAGACCUCCAACAUAUUCACAACAACCGACUGAAACAUUGGCAAUAG